UCAGAUGCGGACGCUUGUCGCUCGCCGCUUGAUAAAUUUUAAUUUUACUGUGUUUCGCUAUGAUUACAAGAAAAGUGUUCAUUUGCGGCCUAUGACCCCCAUUUAAUGUUACUUAAGCUUUAAAAUAAUAUGUGAUAGUUAUAAUUAGUGUAAAAACGAGUGCUAAAACAGAAAUGGCAGCGAAAACUUCGGAAUGGCGUCCCGGUCCGACUGUAUGUCGAUGUUGCCUCUCGGAAGGCUGUUACAAGGACAUUUCAACUGAAUAUUUCUGGAUGGGCAAGCGGGAAGUGUACUCCGAGAUGUUAUCAGAGACUUUGGAUUUAACUAUAUCAUACUCCAAGUCGGGAGGACCGAACAGCCAGAGUCGUCUAAUAUGCGAGCCAUGCAUCGCUAGGCUGCGCGACGCUUCUGACUUCAAGCGCCAAGUCCAAGAGUGCGAGAAGACCUUUGUACAGUGCCUCGACCCUGCCACCGCACUAAAUGACCUACAAGUAAGCCUAGAACUGGACAAGGAGGUGAAGGUGGAAUUGGUUAUGAAGGAGGAGAAGCGUCUGAGCGAUGACGACUUUGACGACGCGCCCGAUUUCGGCGAUGACGACGACUAUGAUGACCUUGACGACCAGCCAUUGACUAAACUAGCGAGUAAAAUACCCAAAAAGGAGGAAGUCGAUGUGCUCGAUUUACUCGACAACGCGAAAAUAACUGAGAAGAGGAAAUCCUCGUCGAAAAUUAAGUCGCAGCCGUCCAAAAAGGCGAAAACCAAGCAGAUCGCCAGCUCGAGCAAGGAGAAACCGGAGCCGAAGAAGAAAAAAGAGGAGUGGUCCGACCCAGCGCGGGAAAACGCCGGUACGAUCAUAAAAUGUACGACCGCCUACCCCUUCCGGGUGAACGAUAAGUGCAUAGUCUGCGUCUACUGCCAGGAACUCUACGAGGACCCUGACAUGUUCAGGAAGCAUAUGGAUGUGGAACAUGAACAGUUCAACGAGAAAGUAGCGUUCUACAACCUCCCCAAACUAGAAUUCAUAAAAGCAGAUCUCACUAAUCUGACUUGCAGACUAUGCAUGCAGCAGUUCGAAACCCUUGAAAUUAUCGCGGACCACCUGAAAAUUAUACACGGACAAGCUAUAGACUUAAACGCGAGACUCGGUGUCAUGCCUUACGUUCUACGCAAAGACGUCUUCAAUUGCGUCGUAUGCGGAAAGAGUUGCCCAUCUCUCUUCCACCUGAAUCGCCACACAAUAACUCAUUUCCUGAGCUACGUAUGCCAUUUUUGCGGCAAAAGUUACGUUGCGACGACUGUUGUGGAUUGGUUAAUCACGGCGCGUCACAACGCUAAGGUAGUUUUGAAAUGCACGACAAUGUAUCCGUUUAGGAUACCCAGUAAUACCAUGGUAUGCGUGUACUGCUGCGAGCAAAUCGAGGACCCGGCCGAUUACCGGCAGCACAUGAAGGAGGAGCACAAAACCUUCAACGUGGAUACCGCGUUCGCCCACACACCGAAUAACUACACGGAGUUCCUGAAAGUGGACUGUAGCGAGCUGGCGUGCAGGAUCUGCGACCAGCCGUACGACAACAUACCCCUGAUCGCUCGACACAUUGCCGAGGAUCACGGCAAAGACGUGAACCUGGACGUCGAGGUGGGCAUGCAGAUGUUCAAGCUCGGCCCGGAGAAAUGGGUGUGCGCGCUGUGCGGUAUCAAACUGCCGAGCAUCCGCGAGCUGAGCCGGCACACGAGUUGCCACUACCACAAGUACACUUGCGAGACCUGCGGCAAGUCCUACAUCAACAAGGAGAACCUGCAGCGCCAUAUACAGUACGUGCACAGCGAUUACAAGCUCUGCAUUAAGUGCAAGAGGAACUUUGUGUCGGUGCAGGAGCGUCGCAAGCACGUCGUCGACUCUCCCAAAUGCUGGCCGUUCUGUUGCCCGCAAUGCGGACAGAGGUUCCUGACCAGACGGAUCAAGAGCGACCACAUGAAAGACGCCCACGGCCAGAGCCCGAAGACUCACACUUGCCCGGAUUGCGGGAAAGUUUUCGACAAGUGGCACCACUAUAGAGCACAUUUCAUACUGUCUCAUACGAACGACACGUUCGCAUGCUCCUUUUGUAACCUCAAGUUUGACACCAAACGCAAUCUCGCGGAGCAUGUGGUCAUACACACGAAAGAGAAGUCGUUCCCUUGUACGGUUUGCUCCAAAACGUUCUCGAGGAAGAAGAAUCUAUCGCAGCACAGUUGGGUGCACAGCGAGUAUAAGCGUUUCGAAUGCAACCUCUGCAACAGGCAGUUCAACCAGCGAGUCAGCUGGAAGACUCACAUGAAACACUACCACCCUGAGUUGGAAUUGCGGAGUAACAAUAAUUUGGUUUGGAAACGAACAACUGAAUGACCCAGGGCAUUUCUUUUUGUUCUAGACAAAAGUGAUGCGUAUUACAUGGCGCGGCGCAACGCGGAGUAUAUCGUGAAAUUAACCACAGCGUACCCAUUCAGGCUUCCAGAAGAUUCCAUGGUUUGUGUGUACUGCGGCGAGAGUUACGAUGACCCCUUGAUGUACAGAAAGCACAUGGACGAAGAGCACCAGACGUUCAAUGUGCGAAUGGCUUUCGUGCACUGUCACGAGGGCUUCAUCAAAGUGGACUGUACGGAUCUACAGUGUCGGCUGUGCGCCGAACCGUUCGAAACGCUGGACGACGUAGCGCAACAUCUGUACCAUAAACACGAACAACCGGUCGACCUCUCGUUCGAACUCGGCAUGCAACCGUUCAAACUAGGGAAGGACAAGUUAGUCUGCGCUAUCUGUAAAGCGAAGUCCCUCUGCCUCAGACAGUUGAGUCGGCACACGCAAUCCCACUUCUUAAAAUACACACGCAAUGCCGAAGUCAUGGUGACAUAUACGACCGCCUACCCCUUCAGAUUGCCAGAGACGUCACUUAUGUGCGUAUACUGCUGCGAGUCUUACGCCGACUCCGCCAAGUUCCGACAGCAUAUGGUCUCGGAGCACGAUACCUUCAAAGUGGAAACAGCUUUCGCCCACUGUCCAUACGAAGGGUACCUCAAAACUGACUGCACUGAUCUCCGAUGUAGAACGUGUGGAGGGAAGUUCACAAAAAUCGAGGACGCCGCGAAACAUUUGAACGAUGCCCACGACAGAAAAAUCAAUUUCGAUUUUCAUUUGGGUAUUCAGCCGUUCAAAUUCGAGGGCGAGAAGCUCUUGUGCGGGAUCUGCGACAGGAAUUUCCCUUGCCUCCGACAACUCAGUCGGCAUAUGUCAACACACUAUCAGAACUUCACCUGUGCGGAGUGCGGGAAGUCCUACACUACGAACGGAUCCCUCCAGCAGCAUAUGAGGUUCACUCAUAUACCCGAUGAGAGAAUUUGCAGAAGGUGCAAGCAGACGUUUAGUUCCUUGGAGGCAAAGCGAGAGCAUGCGGAGAACUCGCCCAAAUGUUGGCCUUACCAGUGCGUCCAAUGCGCGCAAAGGUUCAUAAAAUGGUCGGCUAAGGAGAAGCAUUUGACAACAGUGCACGGCCAAGCGACUCGAACUCACUCGUGCCCGGAGUGCAACCAAGUUUUCACAUCGAGGAAUUCCUACAGAGUCCAUUUUGCUACAAUGCACGCGGGAGUGAACUUCGUUUGUUCGUGGUGCGGCAGGAAGUUCGGCACGAAGCGUCACCUAGAGCAGCAUACAGUUGUACAUACGGGAAUAAAACUAUUCGACUGUACCGUCUGCUCUAAGUCAUUUCCGCGUAAAGCUAAUUUGGCGCAACACAUGUGGAUACACAGCGACUACAAGCGUUUCGAAUGCAACAUGUGCAAUAAACAGUUUAACCAGCGCGUCAGUUACAAAUCGCACAUGAAGGCACAUCAUCCCGAAAUACAAAACUAUUGAAAUAAACUUUAAUAUACUCUAAGUAUUGUGUUUUGCAGAUUUAAUGAUCGUAUUGUUAGGUAUGAUUUGC